AUGAAGAUGAUGAAAUCCGAAGAAGGCAAAAAGAUCAAAACUUUAAGUGGCAAUGCCGCCCCUCGUCUAAAUACAGGGCGGAUGGGAACACGUGGAUUUGGAGGCAUCUUUCCUCUUUCAAGAAUCUACCCUUUAAUACAUCAUGUCAUAGGAAGGUUAGGGUUAAAAGGAUCCUCGAUCACAGAGGAAGUUGAAAGGGAGAGAUUGCAGAGAGUGCGGCUAAAGAAAAACAUCAUUUUCUAAUAUGGAGAAUAAGAACUCGUCAGGCCCAAUUCCUGAUGGCUGGGAGGCUAAGACUGAACAGCAAAAGGAUGGAUCGGAAGUCCAGUGCUACUGGUGUCCCAGAAAUGGUCAGCACUUUUUCACAUAUGCUGAUAUGAUGCGCUAUAUAGCAUAUGCUCAGAAUGACAAGCUUUCAAUAUACUCCCCAGAUUUUCAGACCGUUAAGCUCAGAAAAAAAGCUAAUUGGUCCCAGAAGGGGAACAGAACUAUAGUUACUCCUAGGAGAUGUUACUUUCUGGGGGAGAGUUCAAAGACACUGCCUUCUUAUCGAGUAACUUCUACCGAGGAAAGCUCCGACUUAGAGGAAAGGACUACCCCGUCUGACCCUGAGGACAGCACUGAAUCUACUGAUACAGGGAAGAAUAUGGAAGCUGGUCAGGCUGGGAUUGACAAAACCAAAAUUCCGAACAGUGAGCUUGGUAAAUGGGAUGAAGAUGAGUUUAGCAUUUUCUCAGAUUUCUCUAAUAAUGAUUAAACCAUACUGUUAUUUUAUAUUGUUCCUUGUACUUCUUCAGAUAUUUGCUUGUGUGCAGUAUUCUUAUUUCCGGAGGUUUAUUUGAAUGUGUUUUUUCUAAUGCCUGGAUGGGUCAAUGGAGGUGUAAUAGAUGCUUAAAGAAAACUUAGAUUUAAUUUUCAGUAGUUGAUAUAC